GUUUCCCGGUGUUGUUUCCGGGUGUGAUCUCUCCCGGUGUCGUUUCCCGGUGUAAUUUUUCCGGGUGUGAUCUCUCCCGGUGUCGUUUCCCGGCACAGGCGGCUCCAUCAAGGUGGAGAUGUCGUCGGACGAGGAUUCCCGGAGCCGCGGAGCCGCCGAGGAUUCGCCCCCGGAGCCGUUCCCGGAUCCGCCCGGGAUUCGCCUUCCCAACGGGAAACUGCAGUGCGACAUCUGCGGGAUGCUGUGCAUCGGCCCCAACGUGCUGAUGGUGCACAAGCGCAGCCACACCGGGGAAAGGCCGUUCCAGUGCCAGCAGUGCGGCGCCUCCUUCACGCAGAAGGGAAAUCUCCUGCGGCACAUCAAGCUGCACUCGGGGGAGAAACCCUUCAAGUGUCCCCUGUGCUCCUACGCCUGCCGGCGCCGCGACGCGCUCAGCGGCCACCUCCGGACACACUCGGCGGCCACCUGCGGACACACUCGGGAUUUUUGGGAUCAGAACCCCUUCCCAAGCAGGAUUUUUGGGAUCAGAACCCCUUCCCAAGCAGGAUUCCCCAUCUCCGGGCCCAUUCCCGGUUGGAAUCCCCAUUCCCAGCCGCUUUUCCCGGGGCUAUGUCGGGACGCUCCCAGGCCUGAAGCCGCCUCCUCUCCCCCCUCACCGCGGCAGGAGCGGGCCCCGCUGGAAGCCGGAGGGAUCCGGGAGCGGCUGCCGGCGCCGCGGGGACACUCACGGGGAGAGGAAAUCCGGGAGCUGGACAUGGUGCCCGAGGCGUUGCUGCAUCCCGAGCGUCCCACCUUUAUCGAGCGCCUGGCGGGGAGCUUCACUAAGAGGAAACGAUCCACGCCGCAGAAAUUUGUGGGUGAGGAAAUGAUGGAAAAGGUGGAAAAAAGGGGAAAAAAUUCCUCCCGGUGGGAGGUGAGGGGCGGCCUCAGGGAUGGCGGCGUGAGGGGGGAGCGGCGCGGGAAAGGGAAUCCCCUCACAAAGGCCUCAAAUUAACAAAAAAUAUAAUCCUCAAAUUAGAAAAUAUUAACUAAA